AACUAAAUGACCUACAAUCAAUGAUUUAGUUCGUUCUUUCACUUUAGGGACUAGUUCAAUAGAACUUAAUCCGAACGAUUCGAUACAACUCUAGUUAGUACGAACGCGAACGCGAUUUUUGUGAUGGAUAAAAACAAAGUCCCGUACAAAUUCAUAAAAACUGUGUAAAAAUGCAGCAAAUGCAAACCGAAAUCAUAACUAAAUUCUGCAUUGAAUAACAACUAACAAAUUGGAGUGCACAAGUGGUGUGAAAAAGCAAAAUUAAUUCGAAACGGGCAAACAAAAAGGCCAGAGCGAGUACGAGUGCGAUAAAGAGAGCGAGCUCGCGCGCAGGUUUCGCGACAAGGCAUAAAGCAGGAUAAAAAGGAGCGAACGAAGAUGAGCAGAAGGCAUAAAAGUGAAAAAUAAUUAAAGGAUUGAACAGCACUUGACAAACGGAAAAUUAAGAAAAACCCGCUCAACAUUUCGCCUUUUACACGAAAACUUGAGCGUCGGAAUUAAAGUUGCACUUUACAAGCAAACUAACAAGCAAGAGAAACAAAGCAAGCAAACAAAAUAGUCGAGAAAAGAAAAGAAAGAGAAACAAACAAAACAAAACAAAUAUCCAUCCAAACGUUAAAACCACAACAAACAGCGGCCCAGAGCAGCACCAGCAACAACAACAACAACAAGAUAAAGAACAACAAUAAUAAAAGCAACAACAACAACAACAACAAGAAUAAAUCAAUCAUAGGCGGUAGCAAAAGCUCAGAGACUGCUUAAAGCUCUGCCUCAACCUGGCGAAUCGCAACGGCAGCAACAACAACAACAGAGCCGAUGCCUCUGCUGGCGGCGCAGCUGGCGCUGCUGUAGCCGCCGCGGGCCGCAACAACAGUAACAACAACAACAACAAUAAUAAUGCAGCUGCUGCCGGUGGCGCUGCUGCUGCAGGCGCUGGCGCCGAUGCAAAUGCUGCCGCCGGUGGUGGCGGCAAUGAAUGGAAUCCUGAGGAAAUGGAUCGCUUCAGUUUCGACGAUUCCAUACGCUUUGAGGAGGAUUCACUUUGCAGCUGGAGCUCCGAGGCGGAAUCGUUGUGCAACAAUUGGCGUGGCUGGAAGAAGCCAACCAAUGGAACUGGAAUGGGAACAGGCAAUGGCAAUGGCAUUGGAGCCAUCGCCAGCGCAACAAACAACAGCAGCGGAGGAGCCACAUUUAGUGCAGCCGGAUGCGGUGCUCCUGGCCCAAGCAACAAUGGAGCUGCCAGCUCUGCCGCUAUUCCAACGGGUGUUCACUGCAGUAGAUAUUUCGAGGUCUCAUCACUUGCCGAACUUGCUGCACGGUGUGUUGCCUCGUAUAUACCCUUCGAGUUGGUCGAACAUGUUUAUCCGCCCGUGCCGGAGCAGUUGCAGUUGCGUAUUGCGUUCUGGAGUUUUCCGGAUAAUGAGGAAGAUAUACGGCUGUACUCUUGUUUGGCCAAUAGUUCGGCGGAUGAAUUCAAUCGCGGCGAUCAAUUGUUUCGCUUGCGUGCCGUAAAGGAUCCACUUCAGAUUGGUUUUCAUCUAUCUGCGAGCGUUGUGAGCCAAACACCGCGCACAUUUUUCAAUGUUGCCGUCACAUUCGAUCGUCGUCGCAUCUCAUCCUGCAACUGCACCUGUACCUCCUCAGCUUACUGGUGUUCUCAUGUGGUUGCCGUUUGCCUGCAUCGCAUACAUUGUCCUCUGGAAGUUUGCCUGCGUGCACCUGUUUCCGAGUCCCUGACGCGCUUGCAACGGGAUCAGUUGCAAAAGUUUGCACAGUAUCUCAUCAGUGAAUUGCCGCAACAGAUUUUGCCGACAGCUCAGCGUUUAUUGGAUGAACUUUUAAGCGCACAGCCGACGGCAAUUAAUACGGUCUGCGGUGCUCCGGAUCCAACGGCGGGUGCGUCGAUUAACGAUCAGACCAGCUGGUAUCUGGACGAGAAGACGCUGCACAAUAACAUCAAGCGCAUACUUAUCAAAUUCAUACUGCCGGCGCCGAUUGUCUUUAGUGAUGUCAACUAUUUGACAAACUCGGCGCCUCCGGCAGCUGCUGAAUGGACUUCAUUGUUGCGUCCGUUGCGGGGUCGAGAGCCGGAGGGAAUGUGGAAUCUGUUGUCGAUAGUGCGUGAGAUGUAUAGACGCUGCGAUCGGAAUGCUGUGCGUCUGCUUGAGAUUAUAACGGAGGAGUGUAUGGCCUGUGAUCAGAUGCUCAUCUGGUGGUUCCAAACCAAGCUGGCCCUUAUGAUGGGCUCCCAUGGACACAGCGGUGGCAAGCACUCGAAUACGCAUUCGAAUUCCACAGCAUUGCAGCACGCGUGCAGCUCGCUGUGUGAUGAGAUUGUCGCAUUGUGGCGUUUGGCAGCAUUGAAUCCUGGAUUGGCGCCCGAUGAGCGUGAUAUGUUGCAUGCCCAGUUUACGGCCUGGCAUUUAAAGAUCUUGGAUCGUGUGGUAAAGAGUCGCAUGAUGCCGCCAUCGUAUUGGAGUAAACAUCAACAGAAUUCACGAUCCGAGACAGAGUUGUUCAUUGGCUUUAAGCCGGCAAUUGAGGCAUGCUAUUUGGACUGGGAGGAUUAUCCGAUAGCGGGCGUAACGCAUACACAUGAUACAAACCCGAUAUAUUAUUCACCGUUUACGUGUUUCAAGCAUACGGAUUCCAAGGGGGAAAACAGCAACACCGCCAGCCAAUUGAAUGCAACACAAGCUCUCAUGAAUAAUAACAAGCAUUAUAAUUAUUUUAGCGCAUCCAAUGAUCAUGGAUUGCAUGCGAGCGCUUUUAAGCAGCGUCCAGAGCGUACCGGCUAUCGAGAACGUUUCGAGGCAAGUGCAGCUGAACUCUUUGGUUCCCCCAAUGAGCCACCGUCCAUAAACUCUGUGUUGCUCCUCGCCAGAGUUAAUGCCGCCUGUGUCAUUGGUGUUGAUCGUAAUGCCAUUGCUAUGUCGGCCAAUAAUCCUCCACAACAACAGCUGUCCAGCGUGGCGAUUGCGCCCAAAUCGAAUGCGGCGACGGCAACGACAUCGGGUGCAGCUGGAGCUGUUGGUGGUGCUGGAGUUAGAGCUGGUGGUGUUGGUGGUGGUGGUGGUGGCGGCGAUGGCAAUCGAUCGAGUGCCAGCAGUGAAGGUUUCUGUGAGAAUGAUGAUUUUGGAAACGACAACAGCAGCAGUCAUAAUUAUUGCACAGAACGUGCGGCAACUGUUGCUGGACAGAAAUCUCUGACGGAAUCCGAUUCACAGAGCAGCUUUGAUGCGGUCAAGGAUGUGUCUACACCUGGCGUAGGAGUGGGAGCUGGAGUAGGAUUAGGAGGAGGAGUUGGUGGAGGAGCAACCGCUGCACUGCCUGUGCCUGGCACACCAGAUUAUCGCCAGCAGACAAGCUCCACAUCGGACACCUCAUCCGCCUCAUCAGCUUCAUCCUCGGCAUCAACAGCCUCUGGCAGCAGCAACAGCUCCACAUCAUCAAUGCUAAAGACGGCUGCAACAGCACAGCAGCAGCAGCAACAGUUGCAACAGCAACAAGCAGCACGUCGUUUGUCCAAGGAUGAAUCCUUUAGCAGCAGCAGCGAUGAGUUUGUGGCAACUGGAGUUGCAAGUGCAGUGACAGCAGCAGCAGCAGCAUCAUCAACAUCAACUGGCGGUGAUUUGACGCCAGUGCCAAGCACUUCAGCUGCGGCACGUGCCGCCUUGGCAGCAGCAGCAGCAAGGAUUACACCAGAGCCAGCUGGAGCUGCAGCAUCAGCAAUUGCAGGGCCAACAGCAGCAGUGGCAGCAGCACAACACACAGCAACGGCAAUGGCAGCGGCAACAACAGCAACAGUUGGAGUAGGAGCAGCUGCAGCAACAUCAACAGUUGCUACAGCAGCCAAUGCGUCUGCAAUAUUGGAGCAACCUUGCAGCAGCAGCAAUGUUGCCACUCGCACCGCAUUGUCCGGUGAUAAACCGCAUAUAUUCUCAAAUGUGCGUCCAUCGGAGGAUGCGUGGGACAUACUGCUGGCCAGAGCGGAGGGAUUGCAUGCCCAUGGACACGGUCGUGAGGCGUGCAUUUUGGCCGUGCGUCUCGCCGAGCAAAUGUUGGCAAAUCCGCCCAAUUUGUUGAUGGAAUUGCCGCCAGCGCCAAAGCGUAAGGGCAAAAAGCAGAAUGUGAAUCCCAUAUCGCAUCAGUUGACAGUGGUGGCUUCAUCGACGCUCUCCAAGUGCGCCUUCCUCUGCACGGUGCUUUCGGAGAAUUCGGAGCAUUAUCAUAUUGGUUUUCGCAUCUGUUUAUUCGCCUUGGAGAUGCCACGUCCGCCAGCGAGCACAAAACCGCUCGAGGUCAAGUUGGCCAAUCAGGAGGCGGAUAUUUUGGCGCUGUUGAAGCGUUUGCCAUUGGGCAUUGCCGAGCUGCAAGUGAUUCGAGAGCGUGCCGAGCAAUUGCGUAGUGGCACGUUCAAGACACGUGGCGAGGCGUUGCUUCCCAUCAAUUUGGCCACAUUCAUUUUUGAUGCACUUGUGACGGCCGCCACAACCAAAUUCCCCUCGACAGCAGCUGCGGAAUUGGCCAUGAUGGCGCGACGAACGAACACGGCGUUGUAUAAACAGCACAGCGAGGAGAAUAUGGGAUUUGAGGCCGCUGUGGCAGCAUUGGGCCUAAAGGCAAAUGUCUCGGAGGCAGAGCAUCCAUUGUUAUGUGAAGGGACGCGACGUCAACGUGGCGAUUUGGCAUUAACACUGCUCUAUCAUUACAAGGAUGAGCCACGCAAGAUUGCCAAGAUAAUGGAGAAGCUGUUGGAUCGCGAAAUACAUACGCUACUCAAGGCGCCACUGUUGCCUGCCUAUUACUCCAGUCAUCCGCCGGUGCGCACGCCCAGCCAGCAGCCCAUGCGACGGGAUGAGCAUGAUUAUGCAGCGGGUGGAGGUGGAGGUGCAGGAGGAGCUGGUGCACCCUUUAAUCUGUGUGAACUGCUGCCCAAUGAUUAUGGCAGCGUUGGUGGCAACAGUCGGCCACAUAGCUCUACGAGCGCGGAGCUGGAGCUGAGCAUGUGUGCAUUGAGCAUGGCCAGCAGCAGCAACCAAUCCUGUAGCAGCAGCAAUCCGGCACAGAAUCAGGGGCAGGGACAGGUACAAGGACAGGGAUUGGUGGCGUGCAGCACCGGCAGCAGCAGCAGCAAUGUAAAUAAUCCAGCUGCAGCGGGAGCGGGAGCAACAGCAGCUGGAGCAGGCAACAGCAGCAACACAACAAACAACAGCAACGGCAACAACAACAGCAGCAACACUGCAAACAGCAGCAGCAGUCGCAGCAAGGAGAGUCGCUACAAAGGCAAACGAGCUUAUCCCUCGAUACCCAAUCAGCCGUCAGAGGCCAGUGCUCAUUUUAUGUUCGAGCUGGCCAAGAAUGUGCUGACCAAGGCUGGUGGCAACAGUUCCACAUCGCUGUUCACCCAGGCGAGCACAAGUCAGAAUCAUCACGGUCCGCAUCGUGCCCUGCACAUGUGUGCCUUCCAGCUGGGACUCUAUGCUCUGGGUUUGCACAAUUGCGUCAGUCCGAAUUGGCUGUCACGCACAUACUCCUCGCAUGUCUCCUGGAUACUUGGACAGGCCAUGGAGAUUGGGGCGCCGGCGAUAAGUUUUCUCAUUGAUACGUGGGAGGCGCACUUGACGCCACCGGAGGCAGCUGGCAUGGCAGAUCGUGCCUCACGUGGCUGGGAUAGCAAUAUGGUUUAUCCGGCUGCAGAAUUGGCAUUAUCCGUACUCCCGCAUGCUGCUGCCCUUAAUCCCAAUGAGAUUCAACGCGCCAUCUUACAGUGCAAGGAACAGAGUGAUCUGAUGCUGGAACGUGCUUGUCUUACAGUCGAAACGGCGGCCAAGGGAGGCGGUGUCUAUCCGGAGGUGCUCUUCCAGGUGGCACGCUAUUGGUAUGAGCUGUACACGAGGAAUGCGCCCAACAAUAGUGUCGGUGAUUACGAGCAGCAUGAUGAUCAGCUGGAACACUCGGCGGCCAAUUUGAGUGCGCUCAUUGAAUCCCACGAGUUGCAGCAGCAACAACAACAACAACAACAACAACAGCAGCAGCAACAACAACAGCAGCAACAACAGCAGCAGCAGCAGCAGCAACAACAGCAGCAGCAACAACAACAACAGCAGCAACAGCAACAACAACAAUUGAUGAAUGCUGCAGUUGGUGGAGCAGGACCGUUGCCAGGUCCUCCGGUGGUCGGUUCAGCGCCUCAGCCCUUCCAGCCGGGCGUGGCCACAUUGCAGCCCAUGGGAUUGGCGCCGUACGGGCCGUAUACCUUCUGCCAGAGCAUCUAUGCGCAUCAUCAUAGUCUCAGCUAUCCGCCUGGUCAAAUGCAGAUGUAUAUUUCCGCUGGUCCACCGCCACCACCGCAACCACUGUACACGGGCUACUCACAGCAACAACCGCCACCGGCACCGCCAACACAGCAGCAACUUGCGGCUCAUGGACAACAGCAACAGCAGCAGCAACAACAGCCAUUGGCACCAUCAAGUGUGGUGCAUGCAGCACCGCCAGGUCAUCAGCCACCACCAGCGUUUCAAGCACCGCCGCCAGGCGCCUUUCAACCGCUGCCGCCGCAAGCGUAUCAAUCGCUGCAACAGGGACCACCAGGACCUCCCAUGGGUCCCAUGGCGCCUGCCUAUUAUGGCCCACCACCGCCACCGCCACCCAAUGGACCACCCGGUGGUGGAGUUGGCGUGCCCUUGCGACAGCAUCCCUCUCAACAUCAAGGUCAACAUCCAGCGCAGCAUCCUGCGCAGCAUCCAGCUCAACAUCCUGCCCAGCAUGCCGUAUAUCCGUUUAUGCAACAACAGGCGCCGCCUCCGCAGCACCAACAACAGCAGCAGCAACAACAACAGCAGCAGCAACAGCAACCACCAUCACAGCCACCUGUGCGACAGCGGCAGCCACAGCAUCAAUUCUCACCUACGCAGAUGCGUUAUCUCCUGGUUGCGUACAAUGUGGGCAUGCUGGCCAUGGAGACAUUGGCGCGACGUGUUCAUGAUGAUCGACCUCAGGCGAAAUACGCAAGGAAUCCACCUUAUGGGGAGGAUGUCAAGUGGCUGCUCAGGAUAAGCAAAAAGUUGGGCAAUCAAUAUCUGCAUCAGUUUUGCAUCUGUGCUGUUAACUCGAUUGUCAGUCCGUUUGUGUUGCACGAUGUGGCCAUCGAAUCAGCCCAUUAUCUGGGCAGAAACAAUCAUCAGCUGGUCAUGCAACAUCUGCGUUCGGCGUUGACGCCCCUGGUCCAAAAGUGUCAGCAAAUGUACAUUCAGUGCAUUCAUCAGAAAUUGUAUCACUUGACACAGGGCGAUUAUGAGGAAUUCGCCAGCAUUGUGGUUGCUGCACGUGCCGCAUUCCAAAUCACACCGGAGGGCAGUGCACAGUUCAAGGAUUGGUUGCAGUCAAUCAAGCGCUCAAAAUCGUGCAAAAAAGAACUCUGGACACAGAUUAAUGCGGCGCUGCAAAGCAAUUCUAAAUGACAAAGACUUGACUCUUGCAAUCUGAUGACGGCAUCGUCGACGGCGGCAACAACAGCAGCAGCAACAACCAUUGCCGCCGUCACUGCAGGUGCAAAUUGCAGCAACGAGGCAGCGUCACAGCAG